CCUUGAGAACAAACCACAUACUCUAUAGCAAUCAACAGCAGACUACAAAAAAUUUCAUUUUGUCUCUUCGUUUUUCUCUCCCAAGGUCAUGGAACGGGAAGAAGAGAUUCACUACUGGGGCAACGUCUCAGAGGAAGACUACUACAAGCAGCAAGGGAUAAAGGCAUCAAAGUCAUUCUACACCUCACCAAGAGGCCUCUCUCUCUUCACAAGAUCAUUGCUUCCCAUCUCCGGCUCUCCACGUGGCGUCAUCUUUGGGGUCCAUGGGUAUGGCUCUGACACGAGCUGGACUUUCCAGUCCACACCAAUCUUCCUUGCUCAGAAAGGUUUCGCUUGCUUUGCGCUUGACAUUGAAGGCCAUGGAAGAUCUCAAGGCCUAAGAGGUUAUGUUCCCAAUGUUGAUUUAGUUGUCCAAGACUGUCUCUCUUACUUCAAUCUCAUCAAGCAGGAUCCUAACUUGGAUGGGUUACCAUGUUUCCUCUAUGGAGAAUCAAUGGGUGGUGCUAUUUGUUUGAUGAUUCAUUUUGCUGAUCCAGAAGGGUUUCAAGGAGCAAUUUUGGUAUCACCCAUGUGCAAAAUUCCAGACCAGUUAAGACCCGGAUGGCCGAUUCGUCAAGUCUUCGCUUUUAUCUCAAAACUCUUGCCUACUUUGGCAAUUGUACCAACAGAAGAUGUCUUGUACAAAUCAAUCAAAGUGGAAGAAAAGAAGAUUAUAGGGAACAAGAAUCCUUUAAGAUACAGAGGAAAGCCAAGAUUGGGGACAGCUUUAGAACUCCUGAGGAUAACUGAGUAUUUGGGUCAAAAAUUAUGUGAUGUGAGUAUUCCAUUCCUUGUAGUGCAUGGAAGUGCAGAUGUUGUCACGGAGGCGGAAGUGAGUAGGACUUUGUACGAGGAAGCAUCAAGUCAAGACAAGACGAUAAAGAUUUAUGAAGGAAUGUGGCAUUCUUUGUUGUUUGGUGAACCUGAUGACAACAUUGAGAUUGUUCGUAGUGAUAUUUUGUCUUGGUUGAAUGAUAGAUGUAACAGAAAGAUCUGAAUAUGCUUAUUAUCAUUUAUGUUCUAUGAUUCUAAAGAAUAAGAAGAAGAAAUUUGCCACCAUUAAUUAGCCAUGCAAGGCAAAACAAGCCUCCCGUAUGAUCCUUCUGCAUAGCCCAAGCUGAAGCAUCCCCCUCAUUGAGUGAAACAUUAUUUGAUCACUCAAAUAAAUCUUUUAAAAACCAUAUGAACAGACAGAAAUGUGCCUAGGCAAGCAAAAAUCGUCAAAAAUAUUGUAAAACAGAAGCAGUUUUGAAAGCAGAUGU